AUGUCACUCUCCGCAGAAGGUGUCGUCAAGAAAAGAGGCCGGCCUCGGAAGAAUGCGGUCGUCCAAGAACUAGAUGGACACGUAGAUGCAGGUGUGGUGCUCGAGGGUGGAAGUAGUGGGUUUGUAUCCUCCAGGCUGAUGACGACGGAACCGAAGACGAAGACGAAGAUGCGAGGCAAGGGCAAAAUAGAGGCCAAGAAAUCGGCAUCGGCGUCAGCACCAGCAUCAACAUCAACGUCAACGGCGGCAUCAUCACCACCUCCACCAAUAUUGACGUCGACCACACCAUCAUCAGCCUCUAAGAGAAAACCAAAAAGUCUGGUCGAAGAUGCUGGUCUUGCCGAUGCAGUCGAUGAGCCUCACCUCACAGCAACGACGGCGGUAAAGACCGUAGCUGGCACUAAAUCGAGAGGUAAGACCGCAUCGAAAUCUUCAGACGUCAAGAAGCAAGAUACAGUGUCUGUUCGCGAUCCAACAUCACCACGACGAGGCACGCCGAAAGGUCAAGCUCGGGUGGAAUACCCAGCUGUUGUGUCUUCAUCUCUGUCCUCAUCGUCGCAAGAGGAGGGCACAGCGCCCGUGCUACAGCCAGAAACUUCACAUCUCUCACAGACAAGCACACGGGAUAUCUCGAUUUCUAAGAUCCUGCAGCAGGCGAAAGCAUUCUCUACGCACUCGACGCAGCUGCAGCAGGGUAUUCUGGCGUUUGUGGACAAACGGGAGCGGGAGUGCGAAGCGUUGGUAUCUCCAUCCUUGACACAACCGUUCACCAACGUCGAGAUACAAGGACUAGGCUCUCAUCUCUCGCCUUCCACAGCGAUCGCGGGGUCACUACCGUCCACGGUUCCUGCUAUCGAUAGCGCCGUCGAAUCCUCAUCCUCAGCCUCCACCUCGACUCAUCUGCCACCGUCACCGUCACAGCCACAGCCGCAACCACCACCACCGCAACCACACCCCCUAGGAACAAUGCCUCUACCGCCUCCUCAAUUCAAGAGCGCCGCCGCUACCGCCGCCACCACGGGCUCCGCGCCUCAGAUCCGAGCCUACUCAUCCACAUCACCGCUCCCCAUGUCCACCACCGUGGCGCUCGCAGCGCGAGGAUCCCAAUCCCAGAGUCGUACAAACUUACCUCCUCCACCUCCUACACCACAUCCCGCUUCAGAGCCGCGCCAUCCCCUCCCGUUCUCACCCCCCUCGGCCGUGCCCAUCGGCCCACGACCGCCCAAACUGUCGGAAAUGCCGCUGGAGCAGCGCAAGAAGGAUCCCCGGUACAGGAAGGCCACGGUCAGGUAUACGGCUGCGAUUGUGGCGUUGCCUUUUGCCAUUGUGACGAGUUAUCUCUUAUGGGAGAAGUGUAUGUGUUUGCCCCUUUUCUCUCUCUCUGUUGCUUUGCUGCGGUUGACUCGCUGGUGA